GCCGUUUCACCGAACAAUGCUUUUCAGAAAAGAAGUUGGAAUUAUUUGCAAAUGGAAAACCUAUGGAUAAUGUCCUGUGCAAAUACACUCUUAUGGCGAUAAGGGAGUGUGAAGUUAUGUUUCUAUAAUUUGAAAAGUGAAACACCGUUAAAGCAAAUAGAAAUACAUCAAAGAUAGAUUUGUUGAUAUUUUUAAGAGUCUUGAAAGAGCUGAUUGUUGGGCUUCGAUAGCCUUUCCGCCCAGAUAAAACUCGAAUUUGUUUAUUUUUGUAAAUAGUUCACUUCAUUCUGGAUAUAUGAAUGCGUUAUUUUCAAUUGAAACGUGCGUGAACUGAGAGUUUUGGGAUUAUUAAUCAUAUACGCAAAACAUGUGAAGUAGACAAAACAAAAAUUGUGCACUUCAAAACAGCGCAAACAAACAUGUAUGGUGUUACGAAAGUAUGCGAGUAUUAGAAAGUAUAUUCAUAACUAGCUUUCUGUAUUAUAAGGGACCAUCAAACAAUAUAUGACAAUUGUAUUAACACAUUUUUACGACGAAACGCUCACAAAUUUGAUAUAAAACAAUUGAAAAGGAAACAUUAACGGAAUACUUCGUUUAUUUUAUUGUAUUGAAGAGACAUCUUAUUUACGUGAAAAAUGUCACUUGAGACGUCGUUCCAACUAAAUGACGUCUUAAAAACGGCGUCAAUGAAAUUAGGUAAACCAGUGCGGUCCAAAGUGAGGAGGUUACCAAAAAUAGCCCCGUCGAAAGCGGCUGAUGAGCUGAGCGAAAACGAUAAAACAGAAAUAAAGGGUCUACUGCAAAAAGGAGAAGUGUUAGAACAACUGGGAAACCAUGAAAUGGCGCUGGUGUAUUACCACAGGGGCUUGAAGCGCUACCCACGGGCACAGGAGUUCAAAGAUGCAAUAAAUAAGGCCGAGAAAACGUCCAGCAAGAAAGGCCGUCGCAUGAAAUUAACGUACACGGGAGACAUCACAUAUUUCACCCCUUCGCAUAAAUUGACUCCAAAAAAACAGUUCACAUGGAAACAGAAGCCCGCCGAAACAGGGAGCCAAUCAGUGGUCCCCAGUGCCAAUUUCCGGUCCCGCGUGGCUCACGGCCCCCUGACACGUAUCCACCGGGAACCCAGCGUGCACCUGUUGGAGUCACGAGCCACGGGAGCUAGUAUGAACUCACUUCUCGCUGAUUCACUUGAGGCGCUCAAUUAUGAGAACAAGCUGAUCGCUGAAACGAGUGAAAAACAAAUCCUCGGGAAGAUGUACCAUGAUAAAGAGUAUUUGGAGCACAUUCUGGGAACUGAACAUAUGAAGUACAAAAAAUCUCCUUUGGGUGCGGGUGCGGUUUCAAACGUGGCGGAGACGGGCCUCCAAUUCCUGAACGAACGGACCCAGUUCUGGGACUCCCUUGGGCCCCUUCCCCCGCCCCACCCACAUCGCCGCUUGGCCGCGGGGUCAAGGAACAGGAGUCAGCUGUCCAUCUACACCAGCACUGAGUCGCUCAACUCUGUGGGUUCAUAUAAUACAGCAUCCUCGAUGAAAAGCUAUCGGUCAAAUACCUCAAAAACGAGCAAGGGAACCAGCAAAAGCACGUACCGUUCACGGUAUGCUUUUGGUCGAAAAGAAAAACCUAAACCACCGAAUCCGGAAAAAAUAAAGUUCGACUUCGCCUCUCUCCGUAAAGAAGAACUUAUCCGAGAAAUGACGAUGAUUGCCGAAGAGGGUGACCCGAAGAAGGAAUCGGAAAGCAACGAGCAACGAGCGAGAAACGAAGACCUAAAACGAGGCGAGGAAGUCAUGGCAUUUGUAGAAAAAGAACUAGAAAAUAUAGAUUACUUUUACGAGAAGGGUCAGCUAGAUGUUUGCCAACAGCGAUCAGGCGACUGCAUUGACGUUCUCGGACGUUACACAGAAGAGUCGGUGCCCAACAUGCACGUGCUGCUGUCCACGCUUUACAGCGUCCUUGGAAACUGCGACAUGCAAACACAGAACUAUACUAGCGCCCUUGACAACCAUGGCCAGGACUUGAUGAUUGGCGAACAAUGCAACAACAAAGACAUCCAGUCCAGAGCGCUUGGCAACCUCGGCAGAACCUAUGUCCUCAUGGGGGAAUACAACAGAGCAGUGGACAUGUACAAUCGUAAGGCCCCACUUUGUAAAGUCCCGAAGGAGACCGCCUGGCUGUUCCAUGAGAUCGGCAACUGUUUCCUGAUGAUGAAGAUCUACGAGUACGCUCACGAUGCCGGCCUCAAGGCCAUGCGGUCUGCCCACGAGUCAGGGCACGUCAGGUUGCAGCUCCAGACAUGUGUGCUGGUCGCAGUGGCUGAAGUUAAUCUACUGAGGUACCGGGAAGCCUACCAGCAUUUUGAGGAGGCAUUGGAGAGGGCGAAGGUUUUAGACGAUAAGAAAGCCCAGGAUGCGAUGACGCGCGCGCUUGUUGACGUCAACAAGAAAAUGGUGACGCAGAUGAAAAAGAAAGCCCAUGUCAAGGCCAUGUCUAAAAGCCCCGUUCAUUUUGACGUCCCGGAAAUUACGUCAGCAACUAGAACGACGCCACGCUCAGCAGUGUCUGACGUCACGGUAGAGGGAUAAAACAUAAGAAGAAUAUUGACAUUGUUCUUGUGACAGAAAAACAACAUUAUUGUUUUCGAUUAUUUUCAAAUUUUUGCAUUUCAAAAUGUAACAUGCAUCCCUUUAUUGCUUGUGUUUGCUCAGGUUUAGAUCUUGUCAAUGGAUUAUGCAUUUUUUCUGUUUUUCAUUUUCAAGUAUAAUAUUUGUUGCACUUUUGCCCCGAUGCUUUCAAACUACGAAGGAACAUUUCCUUGUUUAUGUCUGUGUUUUCUUAAAACGUGUUUGACAGAGCUCGUGUUCUUGUUCCAUUUCAAAAUGUUGGCGUGAAUGGACAAUGACUUUUAAUCAUGACUGAUGUAAAAUACAUUUGAAGCUGAAACGUGUUAUGCUUACACAAAGCUUAACUAAAUCGUUGGUAUGCAUAAUUUCCCAAACAAUCCUGUAAAACAUGUUGAUUUGUAUUAUUUCUGUCCAGUUUAACUUCAUUUUUUUACAACGAUUGUGAAGAAAGUUAUAUCAACCUGUUCGAAGUCACUCUCGUUGACACGAUGUUGCUCAAGAGUAUGGUCUUAUGAAGUAGGGAAAAUCCAUUUGUCCGGCUUGGUGACCAACAACCAAACUCACAUGAGCCAAGGCCGGCUCAGCGAGACUUUCUGUUUGUCACCGAAUGCGUAGGAAGUGAAACAAAAAGUAUAACAGCUUGUGAUGGUUUAAAGAGGCUUCAAAUAUAACACGAAACAAACAUGACAUCUUUUACGCGGUGAUCUCCCUUGGCGAGGAGAGAAGAUCUCAUAAUGUACGAAUUUAGCUGGAUUUCAGCUUUACAAGCUUUUUUUCUUUAUUGAGAACUUAAUUUUAUACGUAUUUAUGCGACGUUGUAUCAAAAAAGAAAAAGACGCCAUGUGAUUUAUGGCAGUGAUAACAGUACGUCAAAGGAUAGUAGCCGCUGUGUGUAUUAUGAACAUUCCAUUCUUUAAAAUAUUUUUCAAAUGUCCUUUUAUGAGAACACUAAGAAAUACGUCCACUGACCCCCAUUCUAAAGUGGGUUGUAUUACCAACUUAUAUAAAAUGUAUUUUUUAACAAGAAUUGAAUAAGAUGUCUGAGACAUAGACCUUA